AAUAAGGCACCCCUCCUUCCCCCCCAAAAGCCUGGCAGGGGUGUCGGGCUGAUAGGCUCGCCCGGAGGAAAGCGCAUUACGUAGGCAAGCGGCUCCGCUCAACUUGCCACCUGCGCCGGGAGAGCUGCCGGGGAAGCGAGAUCCUGCCGGAGCCCCUCGCCCGCCGCUGGCCGCCCACCCGCCCUCCGCCAUGGACUGCUGCAAUGAGGGAGCCUGCACAAAGCUGGACGAGGACAUCCUGGACAUCCCUUUGGACGAUCCUGAUGCCAACGCGGCAGCUGCCAAGAUCCAGGCUAGUUUCCGUGGCCAUAUGACCCGCAAGAAGAUCAAAGGGGGCGAGAUUGAUCGGAAAACCAAGGACGCCGAGUGCGCCAACAGCACCCGUGGCGGCGACCUCCGCAACGGCGACUAGGGGCCACCAGCUGCUCACCGGAACCCCCUCGCCACCGACCCCCUCCCGCCGCCGCCCGCCGAGGCCCAGGAGCCCCCGCUUCACCCCCUGCCCCCCGCAUGCAUCCCCCGGGGUCCCCCCACAGCCAGGCCCUGCCCCUGUCCCUGGCUGCCCCUUCCCACCCCACACACCCCCCACCCCAAUAAACGCCCCUGCCAGAGCCCCGGCCUGUCCUCGGUGCCUUUGGAUGUCACCGGCAGAGCGGUGAGGUCACAGCGGGCAGGGCUGGGUGGGGGUGUGGGGCAGGUGGGGUCCAGCAGUGAUCUCCCAUGUGUAGGGUGACAUGAUACAGGCACGUGUGACAUCACUGCCAGGCGUGUGACAGCUGGUGUGACAUCACUGGUGCACAGGGUGUGGCGUGACAUCACUUGUGGGCAGGAGAUGACUUGUGAGGUGCUGGCAUGAGAUGGGUGGUGAUGUCACUGCUGGACAGGUGAUGGCUGCUGUGACACCAUACAGGUGUGUGUGACAUCACUGCUGGGUGUGUGACACCAUACAGGUGUGUGUGACGUCACUGCUGGGUGUGUGACACCAUACAGGUGUGUGUGAUGUCACUGCUGGGUGUGUGACACCAUACGGGUGUGUGUGACGUCACUGCUGGGUGUGUGACACCAUACAGGUGUGUGUGAUGUCACUGCUGGGUGUGUGACACCAUACAGGUGUGUGUGACAUCACUGCUGGGUGUGUGACACCAUACAGGUGUGUGUGAUGUCACUGCUGGGUGUGUGACACCAUACAGGUGUGUGUGAUGUCACUGCUGGGUGUGUGACACCAUACAGGUGUGUGUGAUGUCACUGCUGGGUGUGUGACACCAUACAGGUGUGUGUGAUGUCACUGCUGGGUGUGUGACACCAUACAGGUGUGUGUGACAUCACUGCUGGGUGUGUGACACCAUACAGGUGUGAGUGAUGGCUGUAGUGACAUCAUUCCACUGUUAGGUGUGACUGUGGGUGUGACAUCAUACAAGCACGUGUCACGUCAUCACUGCUGUGUGAUGGUGAGUGUGACAUCAUGCAGGAACAUGUGACGUCCCUGAUGGACAUGUGACAUGCCUGUAUGGCAUCAUGCAGGCAUCAGUCGGAUGCUGUGAUGUCACACUCUCAUUGUGACAUCAUACUUCCUGACACAGGGUGUGACAUCACAGUCACGGGGUGUGACAACACGGGCAUCAUGAUGUCACCUCACCCUGAGGACCUUGGCUGGUGCCCUGUGACAUCACCCUGCCCUAUGGCAUCACCCAGAAGGUCGUGGGACAUCCCUCCCCACCUCAAAAUCCGCACAAACUCACCCAAAGCGCCAGUGCUGGGCAGCGCAGCAGCUUUUAAUCAGAAAACCCCUAAAAAAAGUGUGUGUGUGUGGCCACGUCACCCACCCUCCCACCUUUAAUGCUCUUUUAUGAAAAAUCCCUCAUUUCACCGGAUAUAUAGAUAUAGAAAAAAAAACAUAUUAAGAAGGGGACCCCCCUGAGGCAGAACUGGGGCUGGUUUGGGGGGUGAUAUUUAUGGGGAGACUUGGUCCCUCCAAACCCAGAGAGCCCCUGCACCCAUUAAACACGCCCACGAUGAGUCCA